CCGGAAGUGACGCUUGGGUCGCGGAGACAGGUUCACUGGAGAGCUGAGCAAAUAGCGUAGGUGAACGGGCCGGGAUUUGGGUCCGGCAGCCGCUAUGAGCUGCACCAUCGAGAAGAUUCUGACGGACGCCAAGACGCUGCUAGAGAGGCUGCGGGAGCACGAUGCGGCCGCCGAGUCGCUGGUGGAUCAGUCGGCGGCGCUGCACCGGCGAGUGGCUGCUAUGCGGGAGGCGGGGACAGCGCUUCCGGAGCAGUAUCAAGAGGAUGCACCCGACGUGAAGGAUAUGUCCAAAUACAAACCCCACAUCCUGCUGUCCCAAGAAAACACACAGAUUAGAGACUUACAGCAGGAAAACAGAGAGCUCUGGGUUUCCCUGGAAGAACACCAGGAUGCUUUGGAACUCAUCAUGAGCAAGUACCGGAAACAGAUGCUACAGUUAAUGGUCGCUAAAAAGGCAGUGGAUGCUGAACCGGUCCUGAAAGCUCACCAGUCUCACUCUGCAGAAAUUGAGAGUCAGAUUGACAGAAUCUGUGAAAUGGGAGAAGUGAUGAGGAAAGCAGUCCAGGUAGAUGAUGACCAGUUCUGUAAGAUUCAGGAAAAGCUAGCCCAAUUAGAGCUUGAAAACAAGGAACUACGAGAAUUAUUGUCUAUCAGCAGCGAGUCACUUCAGGUCAGAAAGGAGAAUUCAGAGGACACUGCUUCCCAAGCCAUCAAAUAACUGAACUUCUGAAUGAUGGCUGGAAAUUGUCUUAUCAAGGAAGGAAGUUGCUGUCUUUCCAUUGGAGUAUUGUCCAUUCAGUGUCUUGCCUCGGACUUGAUUUAAACUUCCCGCGUGACAGUUUAGAGUACCGGUUAAUUAGGCUGUCCACAAAACAGUUUUAGGUGUACUGGUGAGAAUACACACUGAAUUUCACCAUUCCUUUCUGCAGGAAACUACUUCUGAUUUUCAUCCUGGGACCUUCAUUUUCUAUAAGCUCUGUUUUCAGUUCAUUUUUGUUUUCCGCAUCUCUGGAACUUCAAGCAUUUUAUUGUAAGACAGGAACUUUAUUUUGUAUAGGAUUGUGAAAUACGCUUAGGAUUUUAAAAAGUAUUUAACUUUUUAAAUCUAUUUGGCAUAAACCUGGGUUUUUUUCCCACUUGACAGAAGGAAUGCAACUGCUUAAAACUUGAUGGGCAGAUUCUCUUCUUUGUAACAUCCUGUGAAGAUUUAAGUCUCUCUGGUGCUAA